UGGAGUGAAACAUCAGUCGUUUGAAUUUCGCACGGUCGACUUGUUUCAUUGUAGCACUUGUAGCAUUAGGAAAAGUGGUCAGGUGUUUGAUAGUGCAAUGGUCACAGUGGGGCAGCACGUCUACAACUCGCUCAUCUUAUUGGCGUAUAAUUAUUUUGCGGCGAACGUACCACAACCGAAAGAAACCGACGUGCAUCCUGAUGAAGGACUCACCAUUAGGGACCAAAUUCAUAGUCAUGGAUACUCCUUUGAAGAACACGAAGUACAAACGCAAGAUGGCUACCUCCUAACUCUUUUUAGGUUAUCUUCUGGUAAACCCAAAGAGGCAUCGAGAAAAGGUGCGCCUGUGUUGAUUAUCCAUGGGUUUCUAUCAAGCGCGCAUGAUUUUAUCCUCAUGGGACCUAAUAUCAGCAUGGCUUAUAGUUUAGUGAAUAAUGGGUAUGAUGUAUGGUUAGGUAACUGUCGAGGGAACACCUGGAGUCGUAAACAUGUAAAAUAUCAUCCGGAUGAACCACGUUUUUGGAAGUUUAGUUUGCAUGAAAUAGGUUAUUAUGACCUACCUGCAAAACUAGACUACGUUACUAAUACCACAGGAUAUGAAAGUGUUUAUUAUAUGGGUCACUCCCAGGGUACCACAACCAUGUUUAUCAUGGCGUCCGAACGACCUGAGUAUAUAAAAAAAGUUAGGUUAUUCGUGGCGUUAGCACCGGUUGCCUACCCGAAAGGCAUGCCUUCAAUAAUCGCGUCUGUUGGAGCUACAUUUUAUAAACAAAUCGAGUGGAUGUUUUAUACUUUUGAAUAUAUCGAGGUAUUCCCCCAUGGUAAAACCUUAGCCGAUAUGUUUCGACUGGUGUGCCGUGAUGGUCCAUACCGAGACCUAUUCCACUCGAUAUUUUACACCAAUACAGGUUAUAGUAAUGAUACAAAUCCGCGUUUAUUUCCGCUGAUAGUCGGUAGUUUUCCGGCUGGUGCGUCAAGCCGGCAGUUAUUGCACUACUUGCAAAACAAACGCUCAGAUUCCUUUCGCAAUUAUGACCACGGCCCGAUGAUGAACAUGCAGAUAUAUGGGCAAUGGCAACCGCCGAAAUAUAAUUUACGGACAAAAAUCCCAACAGCGCUUAUUUACAGUGUGAAUGACUGGUUGUCUACCGAAGAUGAUGUGCAGAGAAUCAGCGCCGACUUGAAGAAUAUCAAACUGAUGUAUAAAUUACCCGGGUCUUACUCACACAUGGAUUUUUUAUACGGACGUGAUACAAACAAGAUAAUUUUGGGUAUUGUUGAAAAACUUUUUAGUGAAAAUUAAGUUUUGCGAUGUGUGAUAAUUUUUUAUGUAAACAAAUAUGAAUGGCGGGUUGAAUAAAUUUGGAUAACUCGAA